AUGGAUUAUGAUUACGUAGCCGCCGAACAGAACCUCUCCGCCUACGGCGUUGUCGACGGACAACAAUCUCACCGACAAGUCGGUGGAGAGGAAGAUGAGUAUGAUGAGGAAAAUCAAAGGGAAGAUUACUACUCGGAGCAUGGUGUCGGUGUUGGCGGUCACAUGAAUAGCCUAGAUGAUAGUAUCAACGCAGGCCACGAUUUAAAGCAUUCAAUCGAUGAUUCCUCUGCAGGAAAACUCUUCGUUGGUGGAAUUGCUUGGGAGACUUCUGAAGAAUCAUUUAGCAGGUAUUUCAGUAAGUUUGGGGAAUUAACUGAUUCCGUCAUUAUGAUGGAUAAAAUCACUGGAAGACCACGAGGCUUUGGGUUUGUUACGUUUGCUAACCCUGAAGCUGCAAACAAGGUUCUCGAAGAGGAGCAUGUUAUAGAUGGCAGAACGGUGGAAGUGAAAAGAACUGUCCCCAGAGAAGACAUGCAAGGUAGAGGGGUUUCGAGAACGAAGAAAAUAUUUAUUGGUGGUAUUCCAUUAACCUUGACUGAAGGUAACUUUUGUGGACUUGGACUUGUCAAUUUCUUUUGGAAACCAUUGCAACAUCGCCCAUCGUUUCUGUUGGUUUGCACAGAUGAGCUGAGGGAAUAUUUCUCAGCCUAUGGUAAAGUUGCGGAGCACCAGAUUAUGCUAGAUCAUAAAACUGGCAGAUCCAGGGGCUUUGGCUUUGUCACCUUUGACUCGGAAGAUGCUGUUGAGAAGAUAUUUGCUGAUGGUCAAAUGCACGAGCUUGGUGGUAAACAAGUGGAAAUAAAGAAAGCAGAGCCGAAAAGGCCUGGCUUUGAUAGCUCAAGUGACAGCCGGAUACGCCGUGGAGGCAGUAACUCCAGGGCGUUUGGAGGCUAUAGUAAUGGUGGUGGGGGAGGUGGUGCUAGUGGUGGCUCUGAUGGUUUUGGAGGGGGAUAUGCUGGAAAAAUGGGCAGAGGGUAUGGUGGAUAUGGAGGAUUUGGUGGUUAUGGUGGGUAUGGGAAUUAUCCUGGGAAUUUUCCUGGAGGUCCAGGGUUCUAUCCUGGCUAUGGUGGUUACGGCUAUGGGUUUGGUUUUGGUGGGCCAAUGUAUGCUGGUGCUGGGUAUGGUGCUGGCUAUGGAAACCCUGGUGGUUAUGGUGGUGCGAAUAGCUAUGGCGGUGGUGGUAGGGGAUAUGGAACUGGUUAUGAUGGUGGUAAAGGUUAUGGACCUGGUGGUAAUACUGCCGGAUAUGGCGGCCCAAAAAGUUAUGGCGUCGGCAGUGGAAGUGGCGGCAGCGGUGGCGGCGGUCAUGGGGUUGGCAAGGGUUAUGGGAAUGGCGGUGCAGCUCCAAGUGCACGGUACCAUCCGUACAGGAAUAGUUCGAAGGCCAUGGCUAUCUGUUCAAGCUUCCGACCCAUAUUUUCGUUUCACAGAAAGCCUCAAUUUUGUGCCUCCUUCAGGGCGUUUUCUAGGCCGGCCAACAACACUUCUGCCACCACUAAAGAUAAUAUUCCUGCUCGCAUUGGGUUUCUAGGACUUGGAAUAAUGGGUUCUCCAAUGGCUCAAAAUCUCAUAAAAGCAGGAUGCGACGUUACUGUCUGGAAUAGGACUAAGAGCAAAUGCGAUCCCCUUGUAGAGAUGGGUGCAAAAUAUAAAUCCACCCCUGAGGAAGUGGCUGCAUCGUGUGACAUCACAUUUGCGAUGCUUGCUGAUCCGCAAAGUGCCACAGAUGUUGCUUGUGGAAAGCAUGGAGCCGCAAGUGGAAUUGGUCCUGGAAAAGGUUAUGUAGAUGUGUCUACCGUUGAUGGUGAUACUUCAAAGUUGAUAAGAGAACACAUCAAAGCAACAGGAGCCCAGUUUUUGGAGGCUCCUGUUUCUGGUUCCAAAAAGCCGGCAGAAGAUGGACAGUUGAUCUUUCUUGCUGCAGGGGAUAAAGCUUUAUAUGAACAGGCUGCUCCUAUGUUAGACAUCAUGGGAAAGUCAAGAUUUUACCUCGGGGCUGUUGGGAAUGGAGCUGCUAUGAAACUUGUGGUGAAUAUGAUUAUGGGAAGUAUGAUGGCAUCUUUUUCCGAAGGAUUGCUCCUUAGUGAAAAGGUUGGAUUGGAUCCAAGUGUUUUGGUGGAGGUCAUCUCACAGGGCGCCAUCAGUGCGCCGAUGUUCUCCAUGAAAGGACCUUCAAUGGUCAAAUCCAUCUAUCCUACUGCAUUUCCUUUAAAACAUCAACAAAAGGAUCUUCGGCUUGCACUGGGAUUAGCCGAGUCAGUUUCUCAGCCAACUCCAAUCGCUGCAGCUGCAAAUGAACUUUACAAAGUGGCAAAAUCGCAUGGUCUCAGUGACGAGGACUUCUCAGCCGUAAUUGAAGCUCUGAAAGUCAAAAUCCAGAGGGAAAAAUGA